CAGUCUUUUCUGGGGAAGGGGGGGGUUCCCGUCGCCUUACAGCGCCUCUUUAGCUGCGCCGAAAUCACCGUAAAGCUUCGCAUCGAGCUUGUUCUUAUUGCUCGGUUUCCUACUCGCCUUGUGCCGCCAGCAACGCCGUCUCCUGCUAAACAACCGCCGCUGUCACACGCAAGCGUGAAAUCUGACGUGAUGCCCUCGCCACCGUCCCAUUCAGUCGUUUGUUGGGAUCCUCCCUUCACACAGUCGUGCGUAUGCGCUGGUAACGAAACGACGGCAGUGUCAGGGCAGUAUUUAAACAGAGGCGACCAAUUAACAGAAAGAAAUCAAUAGGUAACGUGAUCCGGAUCGAUUCCCUGCGGCAAUGUAAAGAUGGCGAGAGUGCUCCACAACUUGCUGUUAUUUGUAAUCAGACUUGCGCUGAAAAUCAGAGUUUUGGGGUACUGGUCAUUGAUAUACGGUUAUUGUGCUCUUUGCGCCAUCGUAGCCCUGCUGAAACUUUGGUGGAACAUCGUCUUAAGGCCGACAGCCACCUUCCAAUGGGUUAUUCGUGAAACUCCCCCGGCUUGUCUGAAUGACACGUCCUUGGGAACCCACUGUUAUGUCCGGAUCAAGGAGUCUGGCCUCAGGUUUCACUACGUCGCUGCCGGGGAGAGAGGAAAGCCACUCAUGCUGUUCUUGCACGGCUUCCCCGAGUUCUGGUUCUCCUGGCGCUACCAGCUGCGCGAGUUCAAGAGCGAAUUCCGCGUGGUGGCCAUUGACAUGCGGGGCUACGGGGAGUCCGACUUGCCACUCUCAGCUGAGAGUUACCGCUUUGAAUACCUGGUCACCGACAUCAAGGACAUCGUGGAGUACCUAGGGUACAACAGAUGCUGCCUCGUCGGCCAUGACUGGGGCGGGACCAUCGCGUGGCUGUUUGCCAUCCACUACCCCGAGAUGGUGACUAAACUCAUCGUCCUCAACUGCCCCCACCCGUCCGUGUUCUCAGAUUACGCCCUGCGUCACCCGAGCCAGCUGCUGAAAUCCAGUCAUUUCUUCUUCUUCCAGCUGCCCCGCUUCCCCGAGCUCAUGCUCUCCAUCAAUGAUUUCAAGGCUCUGAAGUCUCUGUUCACCAGCCGCAGCACAGGGAUAGGAAGGAAGGGCCGGUGGCUCACGGCGGAGGACCUGGAGGCCUACCUGUACGCGCUGUCACAGCCAGGAGCCCUGACGGGAGCCCUCAACUAUUACAGGAACGUAUUCAGCUCCCUCCCUCUGAACCAUAGUCACGUCCGGUCCCCGGUGCUGCUGCUGUGGGGGGAGCGGGACGCGUUCCUGGAGCAGGAGAUGGCCGAGGCCUGCCGCCUCUACAUCAGGAAUCAUUUCCGCCUCAACAUCAUAUCCGGGGCCAGCCACUGGCUGCAGCAGGACCAGCCCGAUAUUGUGAACACCCUCAUAUGGACCUUCCUGAAGGAGGGCGAGGGACGCAAAAGCUACAGGAACUAAAUCCACAGCGAGGCCUCCUCCACCACUCUUUCUCCCCCUCACUUGCCUCCCACAAGCCUGGAAUAUGCCUGUGAUACCAAGCGACAUAGUGAUAAUGCAAUCAUUCUUUAAAAAUCUUUCACAUUUCAGAUAUUUUUUAAAAGACGUCAACAGUAAAGGAAAGAAUCAAAGCACACUUCACCGGAGAGGACGCUGAGCAGUACGUGUGACACAUAUUCAAGAUGUUUUUUGCACAUGGCAUCCGCCUUAAAGUUUGUCGGUUACAGCAUUACAAAUGUGUGGCAAAAUCUCCUCGUGACUUGUAUUGUGUGGUGCCUUUUAACUUCCGAGUUGUCGCGGUGUAAAGACGUCCUGAGAGAUCGGGAUGUGGCGUUGUCUGCUAUACCUGUAUGUUUCACUGGGUCGCUCCACUCCAAUUGGGCACAGUCCUUUGAGAGCCAUAACUCUCCCACUCCCUUUAUCAGGUAGUGUUGUCAAAAGGAGUUUUCUGUUUUGUAUUUUUUGAUGAGAAGUAGAGAAUGUUGUCGUCUUGAUCUUCCUGUAUAGAAACGUCAGUGAUGGUUGAUUAUUGUACUAUUUUGUAUCUCUUCCUACACACUGCAUUUUGAAAUUCGCUGAGCCAGGUCUACACCAUUUGAUUUUAUAAAUAAACUCACUAAGUGUCAA